AUCAAGGAUGAAUCUUCUUUUCUUGGCGCUCAAUACUUGCACAGUUGCACGGAGGUUCGAUGGAUCGUAACCUAAAAUAAACAGCUGAUAUCUCGUGUUUACAAUGAUAGUGAUAUGAUAGAUAUAACUAUUUUAAACCUAAAUAACAUUGACUAAAGGAAAUUUAAAGGAAAAAGAAAUUAUCAGUAAAAAUGUGGAAAAUUAUGAGAACUAAAGGAGAAUUGGGCCAUCACAUGCAAUUUGUAUUAAACAGUGUCGAAAUGAGGCAGAAGACGCUCCAGUGCUUCAAUUCGAAUUUCCAUUCACAGAUUCACAGAGAAAAUUUAAGUUUAUUUUCUCUUCAAUGUUUGCAAUGCGAUAAAUCAUUUAACCUGGAUAGAUUCUCUGGGGGGAUUGGUUCUAGUGGGUUAUUCCGGAGAAAUAGGAUCCGUCUUUUGUGUCAAUCUGUUAGACAUUUGUCAGAUCUACCUACAGAUCUGGAACCUUUGCUUCAUCGAUACGAAGGAAUCCCAAAAAUAUUGGUGGAUAGUCCUCCGAUAGAAUUUAUGCAAAAUCAUCUCAUCACGUUACACUCGACCCUAGGGCUGCCUUGGUGGGCAACCAUUGUCCUUGUAACGUGUACAGCGAAAACUUUACUCACCCUCCCCAGUGCUUUGUAUCAGCACUACAUCCUAGCAAAAUUGGCGAAUUUAAAGUGGGAGAUGGAUGAGAUUGUUCACGACCUUAAGAGAGAGGCUAGUUAUAGAGUCCAAGAAUUGGGAUACACAGAGAACGAGUCUAGAGUUCUAUACAAUAAAGCAUUCAGAGAUAAAUGGAAUGAAUUGAUUGUCAAGGAGAAUUGUCAUCCGAUGAAGGGGUUCGUAUUAAUCAUGACCCAGUUGCCACUGUGGAUAUGCCUGUCUGCCGCUAUCAGAAAUUUGUGUUACAUGCUGCCAUAUCCAACUCCGUUGGCUCAGAGAACACUUACAGAAUUAUCCCACGAGGGAAUCGUCUGGUUUUCUAAUUUGGCUGUAGCAGAUCCAUAUUUUAUCCUCCCAAUAACUAUGGGCGUCUGUAAUUUAAUCAAUAUUGAGUUUAAUUAUAUGAUGAGAGUGCAAAAACCUACAAGAAUUCAGAGAAUCACAUUAAACGUGUUUCGAGGAAUUUCAGUGAUACUCGUCCCUAUCGCUUCAAUCGUUCCCUCGGGAAUGAGUCUCUAUUGGGCGAUCAGCAGUGUUUUCGGACUUCUCCAGAAUAUAUUUAUCGUGUCCCCAAGGGUACGAAGGUUUUUCAGAAUUGAAGAAACGGAACAUGAAUUGCAACGCCCAUACAAACAUGUAUUAAACAGAGUCCGAGCACAAGUCCCACUAAAAACAAUUCAAUGGGCAAAAAGCUCAGGCGAAAUGUCGAAGAAGUCAUCUCCGAAGUGACAAGAGGAGCCCGAAUUCUUCUACAGAAGAUUUAGAAUCAGAUUUUUAAUCUUUGAAAACUUUGCUUAUUUCAAAAAUUAAUUCUAAACUGAAUGGGGUAUCCCUCAUAUUCAAUCACUAAUACCGCUCACGGACAUAAAUUACUUUGAAAUAAAUGAAACAUAAAUUGGGUUUAUCAUAUGUCAAUGUAAAAAAUGUAUACUCAUAAUGAAAGGAGCUUUUAACGGAUAAAAACAGCUAUGUUGUCAUUGGUCUAUUUAAUACGUUCUUUUGGCCCGUAAUCAUCAUCAUCGAUAUCAAAACCAAUGGAACGAUGGGUUCCUUCAUUAUGUGAGGAGCCAAUAUCAAUAAUAACGUUUUCUUUUUUUCUUUCUUUUCAAAUUUUAAAAAGUUGAG